AUGGCCACGUGGAAGAAUCUCAUCCGUUUCAUCGCCGAAGAAGACGGUCAGGAACACCUUGGAGAUAUCGAUCGCUCUCAAUAUCCCGACGUCGGCCUUGCAAUUCACGAUGGCGAAUCCGUUACCGCUCGUGUAGUCAAUGGUUCUGUAUUCGAUGGGAUCGUAACCGAUAAAGUCCUUACUGUUUCUCGACUACUUUGUCCUCUCCCAAUGUCUGCGGUACCGAUAAUUCGUUGUUUGGGCUUGAACUACCGCGACCAUGCGAAAGAAACCAAAAUGCCGAUUCCUGACGUUCCAAUCCUAUUUAUUAAACCUCGUACCGCCCUAACCGGUCCACACCCGUCUAAAAUUGUAGUUCCGAAAGCAGUUCAAGACGGUACCAGCGACUACGAAGCCGAACUAACCAUCGUAAUCUCCAAAACCGGGAAGGAUAUACCAGAAGACAAGGCUUUAGAAUACGUACUCGGUUAUACAGCUGGCAACGAUGUUAGUUCUAGGAGGUCACAGUUUGAGAAUAGCCAAUGGAGUUAUAGCAAAGGAUUCGACGCUUCUGCUCCAAUCGGACCAGUGAUCGUGCGAGAAGGCACUGUGGAUCCGCAUAACCUGGGUAUUAAGGCGAUAUAUAACGGACAGACGGUGCAGGAUAGCAAUACGAAGGAAAUGAUAUUUAGUGUGCAGCAUACUGUUUCUUUCCUGUCCAGGGGGACAACAUUGGAGGCUGGGACUGUGAUUAUGACAGGGACACCGCCUGGUAUUGGGGCUAUGAGGGAGCCGAAGAUUAUACUUGGGGACGGGGAUGAUAUACGUGUUUGGAUUGAUGGUAUUGGUGAGUAA